AUGAAGGUAGCAAUCCGGUUUAAGCAUGCAGAAACAGAAGUUUCAUUGUUAAAACAAGAGAAGCUGCGAUUGCAGUCACAGAAUUUAUUAAUAGAAUCUAGGGAAGGUCAAUCUGAGUCUGCUGCAACACCUGAACGUUCCCCAGCCAGGGUUGAUGAUGAAGAUUUGGAGGCCGGUGAGAUAAAUUCUCCUGAGCUUUCAAGUGAUGAUAAGAAUGAUGAGAGUGAGUUGGUUGAGGAGGCUGGUGAUGGUGCCGACAAGUUAAUUGACGUUAACGAACCAAUAUCAGUUGAGAGCAAUCAAGUGGCUGUUGUUGCGAGUGAGGGUGCUACUUUGACAAGUGCUGCAGAAAGUAGUUCUUCUAAAGUGAACUUACCUGUUCCAAAGCCCAAUGAAACAGAAGAGGCAAAGCAGGCAUCACCCAUUAGCAGUACUUCAACGACCAUCAAUUUGUCAGAGAGAGCUCGAGAAAGGUCUCAAAUGAGACAGGCUGGGUUGGUUCCUUCCCUUCCUAGACCUCGUGGUGGAAGACUUGGUAAUCCUCCCCGUGGUCGGGUUGCUCGUGGUGGUCGAGGAGGAGGCCGCAGACCUCUUCCUCCCGCUCCUGGCCCAGAAUCAUGAACAACAAAUUGUGUGGCAGACGGUUAAUAAAGUUAUUUUACCUGACUAGACUUAUAAACUUGUCUCCCUUGAUACUGACAAUGACAGUAUAGACCAGUGAGUAUUGAGUAGGUGUAAAUGGGCGACCAGUAAUCUUCGUGUAAAUACAAUUUUGCUUUGCACUCGUUUCUCCUACCUAACUAAUUUUGACUACGUUAUCAUCAUGUGGGAAUGGUCAUUUUAUUUAACAUUCA